UUUAUCAGCCCUGCAAAUGUAAAAGCAGCCCAAUUACAGCUCUGGGAAAACUCGUGUUCCAUGGGCUUGGGAUCUUUUAGGUGCUGGGGGGAUCUGUUUCAAAAAAAGGUGCAAAAUUGGUAUCUUGAGCUCUUCUGGCAGCACCCAGAGGGAGCAACUGGGCUUCUCCUCACAGCUGGAAAGGCUGAAGGGAGCUGGUCCCUCCUUGCUGCUCCAGGCUGCGGGGAUGAAGGGGAGGGUGAGGGUGUCAGGAAGCCCUGGGGUUGUCAGGGUCUGUAGGUGACAACAGAGAUACUUUACAGGAGGCAACAUAAACAUUCUCCAUCUCAGGUGGAGAAAGGAGGACACCCAGAAAGUCAGGACACUGAGUAUUGUGGUGGAAGGUAGAGUGCUCAUGAGCUUUUCCGGUUGGCUUCAGGAUUCCUGUUAGGGAUCCAUCACUAAAAUAACUGGGUUUUUUACUACAAUGCUUCUUGAAGCCUAAAUUGGCUUUUUUAACUGCAGUGGCAGCAUUGCUUAGCUCGAAGAGGAAAAAUUGCAGCAGUGGGACGUGGGGUGGGGCUGGUGGGAGCUGGGUGCUGCUAGUGGACAGGGCCAGCUGAAGUGACCAGACACAUCUGUGACCACCAGCACAAGCUCCCGUCCCCUCUUGGGAACUGAAGCCCAGUUUUAAUUCAUCUGCAAUGUUCAACAUCUGCUGCAGCUGUGGCUCCUGAGGCAGAGCAGGACCCUCUGCUUUCAGCCCCUCCAUGGUAACAAUCUGCUCUUCACCAGCAGCUCAAGCAUCAGCACUCACAGCCUGGUCCUGCUCUGCCUUUAUUUUGUCUCAUGUCCCAGCUCUCAUGUUGCAGUCGCUGUCUUGAUAUGUUAAAAAAAAAAAAAAAACAACAGCAAACCUCCUUCAUUUUCAGAACCUUUUUUGAGCUCUAGGAAAUCACAUCUCCAAAAGGACUGGGGUUGCCAAGUUAUGUGUUGGGAAACUCGGAAAUGCCAGAUUUAAACUGCCCGGGCCAUCUUCCCCUGCACCCCUGCCUGUUUCCCAUUUGCUGUAGUUUUUAAUGGCACAGGCACUUUAUUCUUUAUCCUGGGCCUAAGGCAGUUUGCAUAUAUUAACUUGAGCUUCCUAAUUUCUUGUAGUGAAAGGAAUCCUGCUCUUCACCUUUCAAUCAGUUCUGAAAAGCAGCAGCCUCUGAAAUGCCAUAUUGAGAGCAAGGAGGGCAAAAUUGCUCUGCUCAUAGUCAGGCAGGAAAUGUGCCAUUUUUCCUUCUGGCGGUUACUAUUGUUUGUGUUGAAGCUCAGGGGAUGCAGUUUUCCUUGUGAGGAUCUAUCAGGAGCCAAUAUCCAGCCUGUGCCAUUGCAUCUGCUCCAGGACGUCUGUGCUCUGCUCUGUGGAAAGUGUGAGUGGUUCUGAGCCAUGGCCAACCCAACUCUAAACCAAAAGGGUGUUGUGGACAGAAAAACAGCCUCACCUGAACUCUAAACCCUCCUCUGCUGUUCUUUGGACUGGGGAAGGGAUUUUGGAUCCAGCUCAGCAGAAGGGCUGGAAUCAGUUGUGGGAUUGCUGCUCAUUGCAGCCUUGGGCCAUGGUGGGAUGCAGGUAUGGAUGAGAAUCAUUCAUAGUGCUGCAAGGCUUGCAUUGACUCUUGAGGCAGAUUUACUGCAGGUGAGGAGUGCUCUGCUGUGCCCACGCCCUGGAUAAAGCAGGAUGCCGAUCCAUCCUCUCUGCAUGCAAAGCACCGAGGCUGGGCUCGGCAUCUGCGCGUUGUCGAGGCAGGAAUUUCCCUGACAUUUCAGCAAGGAGUCACCUGAGCUCUGAGGGUGACACAUCCCAGCCGUGCCAGGGGGAAACUGGGAGGAGAAACCCCUGCCUCGGGAGGUCGGGGAGCUCCCUCAGCUCUGCCCUGAGCAGGCAGAUGAAGCCGAGCAGCCCCUCCGGGCUCCCUGCCCACGGCAGCACCUUUUCCUGUGGGAUGGUGCUUGCGCGGAGGGAGGGUCCAGAGGGCUGUGCCUGCCCGGCCAGGUGUGCGAGGGAGCCGUGAAUGCCAACCCUGCGUCACGGGCACCCCCUCCUCCCUCCCAGCCGGGAUAAAACUUCUCCUCACCUGGGCUCCAAUCUCAUUUAUCGCAGCUCCCACCUUUCCUCCCUGCCAGCCCCUCGGGAGGGCGAGGCGGCAGCGCGGAGAGUGAGAACAAAGUGGAUUUUUGACUGAGGGGACGGGGAGCCGCAGGGAGUUAUGUGGGAUCGCGGGCUGGCUGCACUCCCCGCCGGACCGGGACUUGACAUUUAACCGGAAAGAGAAAAGGGACACAAAAUAGAGAGGAGGGAGAAAGGAGGAAAAAAAAAAAAAAAAAAAAAAAAAAAGAAAGAAAAGAAAGAAAAGCUCAAAGCUGGAAAUCAAGUCGCAGCGGCGAAGCAGCUCGUUCCCCCUCUGCCUUCGGAAGAAUUUCUUGGCUUGGUGUGUGGGUGCCUGUUAUUCGGGCUGCGACAGAGGAUUUGGAAUCUGAGUCAGACCCAGCGCUAAUGAGGAGGAAGACAAUGAAUGUGCUGCCACGGGCGUGUGCCAGGCUGCUCCUCCUGUCCCUGCUCUGCGCCACCGGUGUCUGCCAAUGGAGCAAAAACAACCGCUGUGUGCUGUCUCGGGCAAAGAGCUGCACCGAGUGCAUCCGGGUGGAUAAGGACUGCUCCUUCUGCACCGACGAGAGCUUUGAGGAGCCGCGCUGUGACCUGCGGGAGAACCUGCUGCGCUCCGGCUGCGGCGAGGCCAGCAUCGUGUACACCCAGGGAGAGAUGAGGACACUGAAGAAUUCCAGUAUCAACGUGUCCCUGCAGAGGACCCAGGUGUCCCCCCAGGCCAUGUACAUGAGGCUGCGGGCUGGCGAGGAGAUGAGCUUCAACAUGGAUGUCUUCCAGCCCAAAGAGAGCCCUGUGGAUCUCUACAUCCUCAUGGACUUCUCCUACUCCAUGUCCGAUGAUCUGGACAACCUCAAAAGCAUGGGGCAUAACCUAGCGGACUUCCUGCAAGCCCUGACUUCCAAUUACACCAUCGGAUUUGGCAAGUUUGUGGACAAAGUCUCAUCCCCUCAGACAGACAUGAGACCCGAAAAGCUGCGUGAGCCCUGGCACAACGCCGACUCCCCGUUCUCCUUCAAGAACGUCAUCCGCCUGACCAGCAACAUCAACCACUUCAGCCAGGAGCUCCGCAAGGAGCGCAUCUCCGGCAACCUGGAUGCCCCCGAGGGCGGCUUUGAUGCCAUCCUGCAGACAGCUGUUUGCAAGGAUAAGAUUGGCUGGAGAAAGGACAGCACUCACCUGCUCGUGUUCUCCACCGAGUCUGCCUUUCACUAUGAAGCUGAUGGUACCAACGUCCUGGCAGGGAUCCUGGCGAGGAAUGACGAGCAGUGUCACCUGGACAGCCACGGCACCUACGUGUAUGACACCAAGCAGGACUAUCCUUCAGUGCCCACCCUCGUGCGCCUCUUGGGCCAGCACAACAUCAUCCCCAUCUUUGCUGUCACCAACCACUCCUACAGCUACUACGAGAAGCUGCACAAGUAUUUCCCCAUCUCCGAGAUCGGGGAGCUCCAGGAAGACUCUUCCAACAUCGUGGAGUUGCUCCGCACAGCCUUUGAGCGCAUCCGCUCCAAGAUGGACAUCCGGGCUGACUUCACCCCCAAAGCCCUGAAGACAGAGUUCACCUCCCUGGAAUUUGAAAAGACAGAAUCUGGCUCCUUCAACAUCACCCGUGGAAAAGUGAGCAAGUUCCACAUGCACGUGAAGGCUCUGGAGUACGUUGGUGGGCAGCAUGUCUGCAGCCUCCCCGAGAAGGACCGGCAAGGAGUCAUCCAUGUGAAACCCACGUCCCUGAGCGACAGCCUCACGGUGUCAACUGCUGUCAUCUGCGACGUGUGUCCCUGUGAACAGCAACAAGAGCUGGACUCGCCCAAGUGUAGUUUCCAUGGGAACUUUGUGUGUGGACAGUGCAUCUGCCACCCGGGCUGGCGAGGGGACACGUGCGACUGCUCCCCGGCCUCAUCCCCCAACAACGAAGCCUGCAUCCGCCCCGGGGACGUGGAGCCGUGCUCGGGACGGGGCGAGUGCCUGUGCGGGAAGUGCCAGUGCUACUCCGAGGAUCAGACCCUGCGCUUCGACGGCGCCUUCUGCGAGUUCGACGUCCUGCAGUGCCCGCGCACCUCCGGCUUCCUCUGCAACGAUCGUGGCCGCUGCUCCAGGGGUGCCUGCGUGUGCGAGAGCGGCUGGGAGGGCCCGGGCUGUGAAUGUCCCACCAGCAACGACACCUGCAUCGAUAGCCGAGGGGGCAUUUGCAAUAACCACGGGAGGUGUGAAUGUGGCAGAUGCAUCUGUGACAUGGCCUCGCUGUACACCAGCUCCACCUGUGAAAUCAGCUACUCUCUGGGCUUCCAGGCUGUGUGUGAGAGCAUCCGGGACUGUGUCCGCUGCCAGACCUGGGGGACAGGCAACCUGAAAGGGAACUGCAGCUCCUGCCACCUCCAGAUCCAGAUGGUGGAGGAGCUGAAGAAAGAGGAGGCUGGCGAGUACUGCUCCUUCCAGGAUGAGGAUGAUGACUGCACCUACCAUUACACCCUGGAGGGAGACCCCAGUGUCCUCCCCAACACCACUGUCCGUGUGCAGAAGAAUAAAGAGUGCCCGCCUGGGAGCUUCCUCUGGCUCAUCCCACUGCUCAUCUUCCUCAUCCUGCUCCUGGGGCUGCUGCUCCUGCUCUGCUGGAAGUUCUGUGCCUGUUGCAAGGCUUGCCUGGCCCUGCUUCCCUGCUGCGCACGAGGCUCUGACCCCGCCCCUGGCUCUGCAGGUCGCACCGUUGGCUUCAAGGAGGACCACUACAUGCUCCGCCAGAGCCUCAUGUCCUCCGACCACCUGGACACGCCCCUGGUGCGCAGCGGCUCCCUCAAGGGUCGGGACACGGUCCGCUGGAAGAUCCACAACAAUGUCCACAAGCAGGGCGUCACCUCCCCCGCUGCCACCAACGCCAAGGACCUCAGUGAGUGUCCCCGUGCUUCCAGCUUCUGGGUGGGUUAUUUCUCUGACCAACAAGGACGGAGUUUGAUUUGGGGGGUUCUCUUUGCAGUUCCUUACGGGCUGUCCCUGAGGCUGGCCCGGCUUUUCACGCAGAACUUGAUGAAACCGGACGCCCGGGAGUUCGAGCAGCUGCGCAAGGAAGUGGAGGAGAACCUGAACGAGGUUUUCAAGCACAUUCCUGGCUGCCACAAGGUCCAGCAGACCAAGUUCAGGUUACAGCCUAAUUCUGGGAAAAGGCAGGAUCACACCAUUGUGGACACAGUGCUCACUGCCCCUUACUCAGCCAAGCCAGACAUCAUCAAAGUGGUGGAAAAACAUGUUUCCCACGAAGCCUUCAAUGACCUGAAAGUUGCACCGGGUUAUUACACUGUGACCUCAGACCAAGGUAGGGAGCAGAGCCUGGCACUGGCUCCUGGCUGGGUACAGGGGGUUAUUUCUCACCUCUCACCCUUGUCUUUUCCCCCAGAUGCUCAGGGAAUGGUGGAGUUCCAAGAGGCCGUGGAGCUGGUGGACGUCCGUGUCCCACUCUUCAUCAGGGACGAUGAUGAUGAUGAGAAGCAGCUGCAGGUGGAGGCCAUCGAGGUCCCCAAUGGCAUUGCAAAGAUUGGGCGCAGGGUUGUCAACAUCACCAUCAUCAAAGAACAAGCCAGCAGCCUCAUCACCUUCCUGCAGCCAGCCUAUUCCCACAGCCGCUUUGAUAAGCUGGCCAAGAUCCCUGUCCUCAGGGAGAUCAUAGACAACGGGAAAUCCCAAGUCACCUACAGGACCCGGGAUCUCACGGCCAAGAAUGGCAGGGACUACAUCUUCACGGAAGGUGAGCUGGUCUUCCAGCCUGGGGAGACCCGAAAGGAGGUGCAGGUGCCCUUGCUGGAGCUGACAGAGAUAGACACUCUCCUCAACAACUGCCAGCUCAAGCAAUUUGCUAUCGACCUCCUUCACCCCAAGUACGGCGCCAAGAUUGGUCGCUACCCCCAGACCACGGUGACCAUUGCUGACCCAGAGCUGGUGGAUGGUGUCCCCUCGAUGACUGGCCUGGCCCAGGUCCCCCAGUCCCCCAAAGGCCGCCUGAGUGCACCGCUUAAUCCCGAUGCCCAUGCUCUCAGCUCCAGGGAAAUCAGCUUCAACUGGUUUCCUCCACCAGGAAAACCCCUGGGGUACAAGGUGAAAUACUGGAUCCAGGGGGACCCUGAGUCAGAAGCCCAUCUCCUUGAUGUCAAAACCCCAUCAGCAGAGCUGACAAACCUUUACCCGUUCUGUGACUAUGAGAUGCAAGUCUGUGCCUACAACGGCGUGGGAGAAGGGACUUACUCGGACAUCAUCCACUGCCGCACGCUGGAGGAGGUGCCCAGCGAGCCCGGGCGCUUGGCUUUCAACGUCGUGUCUUCCACCGUGACCCAGCUGAGCUGGGCCGAGCCUGCAGAAACCAACGGGGUGAUCACAGCCUACGAAGUCAGCUAUGGGCUUGUCAAUGAGGACAACGUACCCAUUGGGCCCGUGAAGAAGGUGCUGGUUGAAGACCCCAGGAAGCGCAUGGUGCUGAUCGAGAACCUGCGCGAGUCGCAGCCCUACCGCUACAUGGUGAAGGCCAGGAACGGCGCGGGCUGGGGGCCCGAGAGAGAAGCCACCAUCAACCUCGCCACACAGCCCAAACGCCCCAUGUCCAGUGAGUGCCAGCCUGGGCAGGGGGCAGAGGGACAGGAGCAGGGGAGACCUCCCCAUCACCCCAACUGCUUCCACACCUCCUGUUUGCUCUGCUGCUCCAGCCAUCCUGGGAAUGCUGAGGGCCAGCCUGAGCAUUGUGUAGUUUUUUGCUGCUUGUCUAUAAUGGCACUUUCCACCUCUCCUGCAGUCCCCAUCAUCCCUGAUGUCCCCAUCAUUGAUGCAGAGGGAGGUGAGGACUAUGACAGCUACCUGAUGUACAGCACAGACGUGCUCCGCUCUCCGGCCGGCAGCAAGAGGCCCAGUGUCUCUGAUGAUUCAGAGCACUUGAUGAAUGGCCGAGUGGACUUCUCCUUCCCCGGCAGUGGCAGUGGCACCUUGACCAGGACAGCCAACACCAGUUACCACCAGCUGAGCUCCCACAUGCACCAGGAGCACAGGGUGAUGGGCAGCUCCUCACUGACAAGAGAUUACUCCACAAUGCUGAUGGGGCACGAUUACCCGGGGACACUCCUCCCUCCCAUCCAUGAAGAUGCUGGGAGGACACUCCUCCGGCCCCGGGACGUGGGUUUCAGGAGCAGGGCAAAGGUGAAGGGUUACUACCCCAGCAUUGGCUGCCGGGACUCUAUAAUCAUGACUGAUGGGUCCGCAGGGAUGUGCAAGUACAUAGACUCAAGGAAGCCACUGGGCAUCCCCGACACCCCCACCCGGCUGGUGUUCUCUGCCCUGGGCCCCACAUCCCUGAAGGUGAGCUGGCAGGAGCCGCGCUGCGAGAAGGAGGUGCAGGGCUACAGCGUGCAGUACCAGCUCCUCAACGGAGGAGAGGUGCACAGGAUCACCAUCCCCAACCCCAGCCAGAACUCAGUGGUGGUGGAGGACCUGCUGCCCAACCACUCCUACAUCUUCAAGGUGAAGGCGCAGAGCGAGGAGGGCUGGGGCCCCGAGAGGGAGGGAGUCAUCACCAUCGAGUCCCAGGUGGACCCGCAGAGCCCGCUCAGUCCCGUGCCAGGCACCCCCUUCACCCUGAGCACCCCCUGUGCCCCUGGACCACUGGUUUUCACUGCCCUCAGCCCGGAUUCUCUGCACCUCAGCUGGGAGAGACCCCGCGAGCCCAAUGGGCCCAUCCUGGGCUACAGGAUCACCUGUGAGAGGCUGCAUGGAGGAGGGGAGCCCAGAACAAUCUAUGUUGAAGGAGACAACCUGGAAACCACCCUGACUGUGCCCCACCUGAGUGAGAAUGUCCCGUACAAGUUCAAAGUGCAAGCCAACACCACCCAAGGCUUCGGGCCAGAGAGAGAAGGCCUCAUCACCAUUGAAUCUCAGGACAGAGGUGCUUUCUCCCAGUUUGGAGGACAGCAGUACAUGCGAGAAGUUUACAAAUUCCCCACUGAAUACACCACCAAAACCAGCAUCAGCCAUUCCUCUCUGGAUCCCCACUUCACAGACGGGAUGCUGGUGACCACCCAGCGCGUGGAGAACUCCAGCAGCACCCUCACCCAGGAGUUUGUGAGCCACACGGUGAUGGCCAGCGGGACCCUCACCCAGCAGGUGGAGAGGCAGUUCUACGAGGCCUGAGCCAGGGCAGGCCGAGCACCAGCAGGACUUUUGGGAUCAGGUGCCAGGAUCUUAUGGAACGACCCAAGGGUGCUUCAUCCAGGUGGUGCCUGGGCAGCUCCUCCUGCAGGCACAGACCCUCUGUGGCACUCCAGCCUCUGGAUUUGUCCUUUGGAGCCCAGCACACUCAGAGCUCUGGCAAAGCUGGGUGUGUAAGCUCAUCCUUGAGGGCAGAAAUUGGGGUGUCUCCAAGGCUUCAGCCUCCCCAGGUAAAUGGAAUGGAAUGAUUUUAUUGUCAGGUCACGGUUUUGAGAGGAUCUCAGAUGUCAAAACCAUGAUUAAUAGAGGGUCACCAUCUCCAUUUUUGCACCAGGCUCCCUGGCAAAUCCCCUGUUCACUGGAGUUGUUUUGUUCAGUUAUGGGGGUUUUAUGAGACCUGCAAGGUAGGGUUUUGGGGUAACCUGUGCUUUCUUAUUGCACCUAUUUGUCUGUCCUUUGCUGCUGACAUUUGGUACCACGAUAGCAAAGAAUAACCUUUCAUUUGUGUUGCGUUACUUGAUGGCCUCUGAUGCUUUUUUUUUUUUUUUUUUGCAUACAACAUUGUACAGUUUUCGUAGUAUAUAUAUAAAUAUAUAUAAAUGUAUUUUAUUAUUUUAUAAAAAAAUUGAGGUGGAUGAGAUCUAUGCUGAAUGUGGAGGCAACACUGGGAUUGUGGCUGCUAGGAAACAUGAAUAACUGGAAGAAAUGAGUUAAGGGCUUGAUCCAAAGGCCACUUGAACCCUGUGAUGAGGCUGGUGGGCUCUGCCUUGGACCUUGUAUCCUUCAACACCAGAGGCUCCAGUAGAAGGCUGCAAGGGCCCAGAUCCACUCCCUGCAGAACAUCUCCCAGCUGGAGCACUUGGACACGGAAGGGCUGUGAGCUUCCUGAAGGUGAGGGAUGGGAACUGUGCUGGGAUUCCUCACACAGCUGAUGUGGAGAGAGUGAGAUUUCGGGGCAGAGGAUGUGGGGUAUCUUUUUUAAAAGACUUUUUGCCCAGCAGCAACAUCCAUAAAGGGACUUGUGCUCCAUCAGUAAACACAAAAGAAGAGCAGGCCUGGGAACAACAGGCACUCCCACCAUCCUGAACGAGUCUGAGACUCCUUCAGCCCCAGCUUCAGCUCCCCUCACACAGGGCUGGGCUGAGCUGAGACCCUGCUGGGUUUCAUGUCCCAGUGCUGGGCAGGAUCCCUGGAAGCUCCCUGCCCUCUGCCAGGGAAAACAAGCAGAUUCCCUGCAAGGUUUCCCUGGUGUGUUCCAGCUGCAUGGGAGCAAGCAAGGAGCCUGCCUGGAGCAGCAGCUGCCAUGGUCUGGGUUAGAGCUUCCAACCAAAGCAGCAGCUGCAGGGGCCCCUGGCAGCAUCACCAGCCUGCUUCAAUCUCACAAUGAACUUUGGCUUUCUUUUUGUGUGUGUUUUUUUUUUUUUUUUUUUAUUUCUUUUUUUUAUUUCCUUUUUUCUUUUGGACUCUGAAACAAAGAGGUCACCACCAACAGUUCCCUCUCCUCUUCAGGCUUUUUAUUUCACUGGGGGAAGGGCUGUACACCUUUCAGCCAAAGAUGGAUGUGGGUGGAUCAAGUCCACAGGACUGCAUGAUGCAGAUGGAGCUGGGUCAAUUUUGAACUUGGCUCAAGGGAUCCUUCACGAACCCUGAGGUUUUACUGUGCCUUCAAGAAGCACUUAUUUCUCCUGAGCAAGUGCCAGUGGCAUGAGGCUGCCUCCCUCCCUGCUCCCGUCUUGCCUGGGGUUGGGAUUUUCUCUCCUCCUGCUCAAGGACUCCUUCCCUGGGCUUUGUGGUCCAGGGUCAAACACUGAGAACUGCCUAAACAGGGACUUUCCCAAGCAUUUUAACCAAAGAUGAUCCUGUUCUCUAAGAGCAGACCAUGGCCCAUCAGCUGCUCUCCAGGGAAUCAGGCCUUCCCCACUCACAUGCACUAACCCAGGCCUGUCUUUUUAAAUUUCACCUGGUUGUUGGAGCUGGUGCUGUUUCAGCCUUUCCAAGAUGGAUCCAGAGCAGGUCUUUGAUCAGAUGGCUUCCUCUUGCACUCAAUAAAUAUUUUCUCUAUA